AUGUCCUUCAGGAAAAUGCCUCCCAAAAAGCGUACCAGUAAGAACACUGCCGCACCGCCAUCGCGCUCACCAUCGCCGGGUCCAGAUGAAGAAGAAGGACCUCCAGCAUCUAGUUAUGAAGCGGAUGCUCAUGCUGCGAUGAACAUCCAGCAGUCUGUGGCACAGUUGCUUGGUGCACAAACUCUCACAAUCGUUAACCAGGGCGAUCUCACAUGUCGUGGCUGGGCUUGGCCUCCAGUCACCGAGACUGAUGGCAUCAAGCGGCCUCGUCGCGUGCUGCUGAUCUGCUCGCGUGAGACAGGCGCACAUCUAAAUGUUGCGCAAGUUUUGUUAGAGAGUGUAGUCCUCGGCGCUCGGUGGAUGCAUCUCCACCAUAACGUGGAUUUUGCUGAGUUGAUGGUAUUCCAUGUCAACAAUCAGAAUAGCCAGAAAGAGGUCCCCGCUCGUCCACGUGGGCGUACAGCUCAGAAAUGGGCGAAUUUUCAUGACUUCCUGUGCCGUCAACUAGAGUAA